GGGUGUCCCAGACUCUGGUGCUGAGUCCCUGUAAGGACGGAGAGCUUUCUUUAAAUCCAUGGCUGGGAUGAAGCCCCAGGUCUGUCCGGGGCUGACACUGCCCAAGGUGAAGGGAAGGUGGGCUCCAGCACUGGCCGGCUUCUUCUUCCUCCUGUCGGUGGCUAUGACCGGCUGCUUUCUGUGGCAGUACCACCUCCGGAAAGCAGAGCUUGGUGCCUCUGUCAUGGAAGUGACCUCAGAAACUGUGAGGAUGUGUCCCCGUUAUCCAGAACCCGUGCCCUUACAGCAUCCCCUCCCUGUGUUGAAGGAGGCCCUGGAGAAGGUGGACAAGAUUCUGCGGCAAACAAUGCCCACUGCCCCGGGCCUCACGGCCAUGUCCGCUGUGGUCAUCUACAAUGACACUGUGCUGUGGACGGGGAACUUUGGCUGGAGGAAUGGCUCAGACAGGGCCUCAGGGCCCCCCAGUGAAUAUACCAUCUACCGGAUUGCCAGCAUCUCCAAGAUUUUCCCCACACUCAUGCUGUACCGUCUGUGGGAGGAAGGCAUCGUGGCGUCCUUGGAUGACCCCCUUGAGCGCUAUGCCCAAGGCUUCAGGAUCAAAAACCCACUUGGAGCAGGACCACACCCUGUCUGGGGAAGCUUGAUGGGUGGGCUGGAGAAGAGGGUCCCACCCCUCAAACCUACGACAGUAACUCUCCGAAGAAUGGCUAGUCAACUUUCAGGGCUACCCAGGAGACUCCGCUCAACCACCCUGCUGUGGCGGGGAAGCACGGAGGAUGCCCUGGCUCUCCUGAAGGAUGACGUCCUGGUGGCUGACCCUGGAACCAGGUGUCAUUACAGCACUCUGGCCUUCUCCCUGCUGGCCCACGUGCUGGCCAGGCACACCAACAACAGGGACUACCAGCGGUGGGUGUCUGAGAACAUCCUGGAUCGGCUGGGGAUGGAGGACACAGGCUUUGACCUCGUGCCCUGGGUCCAGGCCCGGAUGGCUGCAGGCUUCUACGGCAGUGGGCGCCCAGCCCCACUCUAUGACCUUGGCUGGUAUCGCCCCUCUGGUCAGAUGUACUCCACACCUGCUGACUUGGCCAAGCUGGCCAUGGUGCUCCUUGGGAGUGCCCCCCAGGGCGUCUUGGCACCGGAUACACUCAAGACCAUGCUGACUCCUCUCCUCACCUGUCCUGGGACCUACUUCGCCAACCAGACAGGCACACCAUGGGAAUUCCACGCCCAGAGGGGAUAUAGCAUUGUCCGGAAGGACGGGGAUCUGGAUGGCUACGCAGCUACCUUUUCCCUGGUCCCUCAGCUGAAGCUCAGCUUCAUUGUGCUCAUGGCUGGGCCCCGUCCACCGGGGCUCGACCUGGUGACCCAAGUGUACGAUAUCCUCAUCCCCGCCAUGGAGAUAGCCUUCCGGGAGGUCAAGGGGAGCCUGGCGCCACCGCCUAGCCCUGGCCCUUACUUGGGCUUCUACACCUAUGCCAACCUUACCUUCUAUGAGAUCCUCCGAGGGCCCUCAGGGGUCCUUCACAUGCGGCAGUUUGGGCCCCAAGUGGAGAAGCUGAUCCCAGCCAAGUUCCGGACCCUGAAGCUGCAUCACCUGCAGGGCCGGGUCUUCCAGGUGGUCGUAGACCAAGAGUUCCCCUGUGUCCUGCCCCUGGGGGCAACCUGGCUUCCCUUGGAGACUCAACACGGCCAGCUCCUCAACUUUUAUCCCUUUGACCAGAGGGGGCUCUCCCCAGGCUUUGAUGCUCCUGGCUUGAACACGUACAAAGUCCUUCGGAUGGCCCAGAAACCUGGCUUCAGUACUUCAGUUUGAGCUCAGCCGUCCUCACCUCUUACCUUAACGGGACAGAAUCGUGGGAUGUCAGAGUUGGAAGGGAAGGCUUGAGCUUUGGCAAUAUGGAAUGGUGAUAAGAGCGUGGAGAGGCCUGAGUUUAAAUGCCAGCUGCCACACUAACCGGCUGUGUGACUUUGGACAAAUUCUGUAUCUUCUCUGGGUCUCGGUUUCCUUUUCUGUAAAAUAAGGGCCUUGGACCAAAUGCUUCCCAAGGUUUCUCUUAGCUCUAACGUUCUGUGCUCUCAGAUCAUAGAUUUAGAGCAGGGAGGGGACCUUAGACAGCAUCUAGUCUCCAUUUUACAGAUGUGGAAACUGAGGCCCAGGGUGAUUUGAUGAUUUGCCCAAUAUUAUACAAGGAGUAACAGAAGUAGCUCUGACUCCCAAACUGAGUUCCCUUUCUACUGCCCCAUUUGACCAGUGCUCCCUUCCAGUUGGCACUUUCUGUUUUCUGACAAUCCUUCUCCUAAUGAUCUAUGAUUCUGAGAGCCUGCUCUAUGGGUGUCCUGCCCUGUCUGCUACCUCUACCCCCACCCUCCUGGGGCCAUGGCAAGUUUAUUACCAGAUCCGACCACCAGGUGGCAGCAUUGUUCCAUGGAGCAAAUGCUCUCAAGCUACGAAGUCUCCCAGAAGUUAAUAAUGUAGCUUAAAAUAAUGCUAAGCCUUUUGAAAUCCCCUCUAUUCAUUUUUAACAUGUCCUUGCCUCUGGGCCAUCGCCUCACCCCUGCCCUCCAUGUGUUGGUCCUAUGUGACAUGCAGCAGCCAGACCUU